AUGGACAAACACAGGGCGCAGACAGGCGAGUUCAUCGUAAAGCUACAAGACAAUUAUGUCAAACCAGGUCUCCGCGGAACGUUCCAGUCGAAAUAUGUCGUCCUUUGCGCCUUCGUCGUCAGACUGGGAGGUUUUUUGUUUGGCUAUGACCAGGGUGUUGUUUCUGUCAUGCUUGUCAUGGAUCAGUUUCUCGAUCGAUUGGCUCGGGUCUCUGAGACUGCCAGUGGAGCUGGAUUUUGGAAAGGAUUCAUGACGGCCAUGAUCGAACUUGGAGCACUUAUUGGGGCAUUCAACCAAGGCUGGGUGGCCGAGAAAAUGUCCCGGAAAUACUCGAUUUGUGUAGCUGUCUGCAUUUUUGUUGUCGGUUCAAUCCUGCAGACCGCCGUACAAGGCUAUUCAAUGCUGAUUGUUGGCCGACUCGUUGGUGGUAUAGGUGUUGGAAUGCUGAGUAUGGUCGUCCCCAUGUAUAUCGCAGAAGUGUCGCCACCAGAGAUCAGAGGCACGUUGCUUGUCCUCGAGGAAUUCUCCAUCGUUUUGGGUAUAAUAUGUGCCUACUGGUUAACUGACCAAGAAGCACUGGACGCUCUGAUCAAACUCCGCCGGGUCCCUGCAGACGAUCCACGGAUUCAAGCCGAAUGGUUCGAUAUUCGUGCUGAAGUAGCAGUCCAUAAGGAGGUCGCUGAGGAGAAACACCCCAAUAUCGGCAUCGCAGGUCGACGGUCUCGUUGGGAUGCUGUCAAGCUGGAGCUUGCAGCUUAUGCCGAUUGUUUCAGACGCGGCUAUUCUCGACGCACUAUGGUUGGCACCGGCUUAAUGUUCUGUGAGUGA